CAUCUCCGUACACGAAAUUUCGAGUUGGCGCAACACAGUCGCGGUUCAGGAUCCCUUCCUGCUGACCCACUGGGCACCGAGGAGGCAAGGCUCUCGGUCGGUGUGGACGGGUCGAAAAGCGGACUAGGGUUGUGUCAGUAUGGCAGGGGCAACGUCGAUAACAUCUCUUGAGCCCGCGAAUGACAGUCGUGCCCAAAACAUUGGAGCCCUCGCCCAGCAGUGCACCCCCAGGCCUCGGCCAUCCCUGGGCACCCAGAGGGUCAUCCAGGGCAACGGAACCAACGUGGGCACCGUCAUCUCCUUGCAGUGCCCAGACCACACCAGGCUGAUGGGCAGUAAUGUGGUGUGUGAAAUGAGCCCCAGCAGCCCCCAGUGGGUCGGGGAAACCUAUUGUAGCCCCAUGUCUGCCUACGGGGAGUUUGGUUUCCGCGUUGCCGUGUGGGCAUCCAUCGUGAGCUCCUGCGUCAUUGUGGUGCUGACCAUGGCCUUCAUCAUCUGCUGUCUGCAUGCGCGCUUCAAGACGAAGACGAGGAAGAGAAGCCACCAAAAGAGGGAGACAGAGGAAGAAGAGUGGCUUCGUAGGCAGUGUGAGGGGGGCAGGACUGGUUUCCCUCAUCAUCACAGCAGAAACAACAACAACAACAACAGCCGUCAGAAGGCAGCGGCGAUGCUUUCAGGCGGCCGUGACGGUGCAUUUGUUGACAACAAAGCACCAUUUGGGUCUUGUCUCCUGCAUCCCUACGCCGAUCGUACCGUUCCAUCUUCAACUCCCCUCCCUGGAAUUGGCUACAGACAAUCUCCCUUAACCCGGGACAUGAGACUGGAGCAGGACGAGGCAGGCCCACAUCCAAACUCCCAUUAUCUCCAGCGCAACUCACCUGCAACGAACGGGCCGCCCUGUCCGAUGGGCCGUGGAGAACAGGAGUCAGGUGCCGCGCAGAGCUCAGCAGCUUGCUCGGCCGGUGGCCGUGGUGCUGGCGUGGUGCGACAGCUUGGAGGGCAGGAGCACAGAAUACCGCGAGUGGCCCCACACACCUCCCAGGAGCCCCAAGUUGUGAAACCAAAAAAAGAAUGCUCCAUACGGAUUAUAUCUGUGUGAGCAGGACACAUAUUUGAUAUAAUGAAACAAAACAAACAACCACUAAAUAGUUUUAGUGGUUGAGUAGGUGAUGUUUUUUCUUACGUCAAUGACUGAAGGAAACUAAAAGGCAUAAUUCAGUGAAAACAGUGAGUACCAUUUCGGAGGCUGUGCCUUUGGUGAAAUUGUAUGGAGACACUGCCAUCUGUCUGUGAGAGUGACCCAUUGCACUUUUAAGGAUGCCUUUCUUGUACAUAAUUCUGCAGGCCAUUGUCAUUUGCGCAAGAUUUCAUUUAAAUAAAUACAUUUUAAAUGCAUUACUGUUAUUUUUCAAGGAAGUCAGAUUAACUGCAGUUAGUUAUUGAUCUUACUGCUUUGAAUUCAUUAAUUGGGACUCAGGUAUGAAUGAAGCGGAAAAAGCUAGUCUUAGCGGUAUAAACCCCUUCUGCUCUGGUUAAUCUAUGGGAUAGUCGUCACUAUAAAUAGCAUGUAGGUCUAUUCCCUUUUUUGUUGUUCGGCCAAGAUAACCUCGUUCCCUCCCGGCCAUUCUAAUCUCACUAAGGAUCGCCUGGGACGGGAUGCCCCACGCAAGCGUUAUUGACAGGAUAGAGGUCGAGACAUUCGAUAGAGAGAUAUCCUUUCCAUUGACGUUGGCUUUUUGAAAAAUUUCUUCAAAACUCCAUAUUUAUUCUCCACCUCAUUGGUGUUGUUGUUAGAAUUUUCGUGUUCUUAUUAUUUGUGCUCCUGGGACUGUUUACUGGCGUAAAGAGCUCAUAUGAGGCCGGAAAUUGACUUCAAAUAAGGAACCUGUCAGCCCAGGGCCUAGACAAGACUGGCUUGUGGAUCUAAUGCCAUCCUUUGCAUGGCCGCAGGAUGGCGGCAGCGAGAAGCAGGAGGUUUAGCCGAGCUUUUUAACAUUGAGCGUUUAACGUAAAAGAGGCCAACAAUUCAUAACCGCAUGGCAUGGGAGGUUUUUGGAGGUUUGUUCACAUUUGUUGUUUUAGGUAAACGGUUAAAGGAAUUUAAAGACCUUAUUGGUCUCUCAGGGACAUAUUUUUAAUCGUAGGAGAAGCAGUACUUAUUUUCAGGCAUAUUUUCACCUAAUGUGUCAGUCGCGUUUGUCUUCUGUGCCGCUGUAAUUGUCAUCAUCCUCGGCCAGACAUUGAUGAUUACCGUGAUCCACUUCUCCAGAGGGACGCCCAGUUCCUGUGUGGGCACCAGAGGAUGGACACGGCACUGCUCGACAGAUUGGUUCUGCAGCUCAACAGGAUCCACCCCCAGAUUCUGAACGACCAUGAGGCACAAAGGUUCAGGAACCUAGCGGCGGCCACCAGGGGAAGGCUCUCUGGGUUGCUGGAGCACCUGCAGCAGGAGGGAGAUGAGGCGUGUCUGGGGUUCUACCAAGCCCUCCAGCUCCACGCCGAGGACCUUUAUUGCACUUUACCAAGCAGGGUCAGCCUCCGAGGUCAUUGGGUCAAGACACUGGCUAUGAGCACAGAGACUGUAGAAAUCCUUUGUUUUGUCCCACGUCUCAGAAUGAUGUGGUGGCCCUGGUUCUACCUGAGCUGCUUCUGCCUCACCGUGGGCCUCACAGCGCUCUAUUAUUAUGGAGCCCUGGUCAGCCUGCUGAUAGUUGUAGUGUUCUGCCUCUAG